UACCAUCGACUCCUCCUGUCCUGGCUUUGUCCCCCUUCACACUGCACACGGCUUCUGAAGGCCAGAUGACGGGAGAGUGACGAUACGAAGAGACUACAAAGCACAGUCUCUUGGUUAGUAAUUCAUUUUCAGACGCAACAACUAUUCGCGAUCGUAGCUCAGAUUCUUCGAUCUCGCUGUGAAGAUUAGGAACUGGGAAAUUAUGGAACCGAAAUUGUUGUUGUCAAUUGCAGUUCUGAUGCUCACUGCAAGUGGUGUCGCUGCCGAUUACGUUCGCCCGAAGCCUCGGAAAAUGCUGUAUUUUCCGUGGCAUCGAAAGCCGUCCUCUCAUCCUCAACAGGUGCACAUCUCGUUGGCAGGAGACAAGCACAUGCGAGUGACAUGGAUCACUAAUGAUAAGUCUUCGCCAUCUACAGUUGAAUAUGGAACAUCUCCGGGGAAAUAUAGCUCAAUUGCUCAAGGAGAGUCCACUUCUUACAAGUAUCUGUUGUAUAGCUCAGGGAAGAUACACCACACUGUCAUUGGGCCGCUGAGACAUGGUACUGUUUACUAUUACAGAUGUGGAGGACAGGGUCCUGAAUUCCAGCUUAAGACUCCUCCAUCUCAAUUUCCUGUUACUUUUGCCGUGGCUGGUGAUUUGGGUCAGACGGGCUGGACUAAGUCGACCUUAGACCACAUAGAUCUAUGUAAUUAUGAUGUGCACCUGCUUCCUGGAGACCUUUCUUAUGCUGAUUGCUUCCAGUCCCGGUGGGACACAUUUGGUGAGCUAGUCCAGCCACUUGCAAGUGCAAGGCCAUGGAUGGUAACAGAAGGGAAUCAUGAAAAAGAAAGCAUGUUGAUACUCGAGGAUGGAUUUAAAUCCUACAAUGCUAGGUGGAAGAUGCCAUUUGAAGAGAGUGGAUCAAGUUCAAAUCUCUAUUAUUCUUUUGAAGUUGCUGGGGUUCAUCUUAUCAUGCUUGGUUCAUAUACAGAUUAUGACAAGUACUCUGAUCAAUAUAGUUGGUUGAAGGCUGAUCUUUCAAAAGUAAACAGGAAGAAAACACCUUGGCUACUUGUUUUAUUCCAUGUUCCAUGGUAUAACAGUAACAAGGCUCACCAAGGUGAAGGUGACAGUAUGAUGAGUUCCAUGGAACCAUUGCUAUACGCUGCUGGUGUAGAUAUAGUGUUUGCUGGCCAUGUGCAUGCUUACGAACGUUCGAAACGUGUCUAUGAGGGUAGAUUGGAUCCUUGUGGUGCUGUCCACAUAACAAUUGGUGAUGGAGGCAAUAGAGAAGGCUUAGCACACAAGUAUGUAAAACCACAGCCAGAAUGGUCUAUCUUCCGUGAAGCAAGCUUCGGUCAUGGUGAGCUGAAGAUAGUGAAUUCGACCCAUGCUUUAUGGAGCUGGCACAGGAACGAUGAUGAUGAACCAGUGAAAUCUGAUCAGGUCUGGAUAAACUCUUUAGUCAGUUCACGAUGCCUUGCAGACCAGACCCGUGAACAGAGGAAGAUCCUCGUGGCACCUUAAUACCGGUAACACAAUUGGCUGCUGCUGUGAACUCGGAAACAUUUUAUUUCCAGACUUUAUGCAUGAGUGUGUACAUACAUAUAUAUGCCUAUACCCAUAUAAAUAGAACAACAAAGAAACUUGAAUAUUAUCUUCUUGUAUUAUUAGGUAGACUGCCUUUGGGCCAUCAGCUUGCCUUAAGACAGAAUAAAAUGUAAAAGAGAGCAAUCUAAGUGUAGAGCCUGCUUAUCUUUG